AUGGCCAAUCAAUUAUUCAUCAAGAGAACUAGCUGUAUCAGGACCCAUAAGACCCAAUGCAAAUGAUGAAAUGGAGAAGCAGAUAAGGAAUGUGAAGCAGAAGAUAUAGUGCAAGGUUCUAAGCAUGAGACUUCGAGGAAAUGCCCACAGACGAAGAUAACAAGGAAAUAUGUGGGAAGUCUGAUUGCGAAUAGAAAGACAUCUCGGAAUCAUCUAAACUGUGCCACAAAUCUUAGCAAAACGAAGGAGGAGAGGAAGGAAUGUAACAAAGGAGUCCUUCUUAGAAGAUCCUUAGCCCAGACACCUCCUUUGUUUAAAUAAAGAGCAAGAGAAAGAAGAAUCUGGAUGCAUUUUGGAUGUUAAUAAAAGUUUUAAAAAGCCAAUGAUUGUGCAAAUAGGAUCAAAUCCUGCAGUUAGUAGGUAUGGACGUGUGGAUAAACAGCUGAUUCCAAAGGUAACUCCAAAGAAUAAUGACAGCAUGAAGGAAAGUCACAGGAUAUUUAAGGCUAAAUCUCUGAAGAAUAAACCUCAGUCUGCUUAUAGAAAUAAAGGGAAGCCUUUGAAUUCUUAUCUUUUAAUUCAGACAAGUGAGAGCAUUGCUGAUAGUGUGAGCAUCAAGACAAAAGCUCAGGCGAAGGUUGAAGGAAGGAUGGAAAGUAGACUUAUUAAAAACACUCAAGGAUCUGGCUCUACCUCUCAGAAUUCAGCGAAUAACAAGCUUCUCUACAUUGAAAGUUCAAAUUCAGGGGUUCCGAUGAGUUACAGAGUUAAUAAUGAGAGCUCAAUAACACCUUAUACCCAGCCAACUCAGAACAGACAACUUUCUGGUGAGAAAAGAGGCAAUCUAAUCAAUAAAAGAAUUAUGACCAGUCAUAGUCGUACGAGACCAAUGAGUUAUACCUUCCAUUAUCCCAGCAAGAACACAUCUCAUAGGCCUUAUCAAAACAGAAUAGUUGGGUCUCAUAAGAUCAAAGAGAGUACUAGAUAUACAAAUAUUACAAGGCCAAACUCCAGACGAGCGAGGCUCAAAGAAGCCUCAGGAGAGGUUUCUAGACGAGUUAAAAGAGCCGAGACAGUGACACCUUGCACUAAGAUAACAAUUCCAGAUUCAAAAAUGAAGCUUCGGAAGGAAUUUAAUGACAUGAAUUCUCUAAAGUACCACAUCAGUCAUGAUAAGAUCGAUAAAGAGUAUAUAAUCACUUCAACUGUUUUGGGUACAGGUAGUUAUGCCGUGGUUAAGCUUGGGGAAUCAAUUCCUCCCCCUGGGGACAUGCCAGUCCAGGUAGCCAUUAAGAUCUAUGAGAAGAACAAAUUGUUCACUAAUAAACACAGAAGAUUGAAUUUGUACAAUGAAAUUACAGUAUUGAAAUCCCUUAAGCAUCCAAAUGUCAUAAAACUGAUCAAGGUAUUUGAAGAUAGAAGCAAGAUCUACCUUGUAUUAGAAUAUGUCAAGGGUGUUUCCCUCUACAAAUAUAUCAAAGAAAAAUCCCAUAGGCUUAAAGAGAAAGAAGCAAAUUUUAUUUUUAAGGAAAUCCUGAAGACCCUCACUUAUAUUCAUAAGAAUGGAAUCGCCCAUCGAGAUGUGAAAUUAGACAAUAUUUUGGUGACUAAUGAGAAACUAGACCCUAACAAUUUUGAACUCCCAGCCAAGCACAUCAAAGCAAUCGAUUUCGGAUUCGCUGUGAAGUAUGAUAAAGGAGAUAAAUCAAACACAUAUUGUGGGACUCCUUCCUAUAUGGCUCCAGAGAUCAUUAAAAGAGUCGAAUUUGACUAUGAAAAAGGAGAUGUGUGGGCUCUUGGAGUCGUACUUUAUGCCCUAAUGUGAGGAAAAUUUCCUUUCAAAGGCAUCACAAAUAAAGAAUUGUAUAAAAAUAUUGUUAAAGGAGAAUACAAUACACCUAAACACUUUACAAUGGAUACAAAAAGACUGCUAUGAAAAAUGUUAGAGCCAGAUUUUAAGAAGCGAAAAUCCUUCAGCGAUCUUUCCAAGGAUGAUUUUAUCACCUCAAGCAUUUCUGGAAGCGUGAUGGAUGAACUAAAGCGUCGAAAUUAUCAACUUAAAAAGGUCUAUACCAAGACCAAGGGUAAAAUUCUUGGCAAAAUAAAAGAAAAGGCUGCUUCUCCUUAA